UUUGGUUGGUAUUGUACUGUAGUUCGAGCUUUAUUUUGAAAUGUACAAACCGGAUACAUUUCUCGGCCGUUGCUCGCUUGUAGUGGCGGUAUAAAAUAUGGCCAUCGUCAGAUUCGUUGAACUAUCGGUGCCUUUUGUAUUAACCUUUCCUUUUUAUUAAGAAAGCAACAGAGUAAACAAUGCGAGUCGUAGCGGCGGCAGACGAAACUAAGGCUAACGAGCGGUAGUUAGCUUGUUUCCCGGUCGUUAGAGCGGCUCUGUGUCCGGCCGAAGCAGAUGGGAUCCUCGGUGUAUUUGGGUAAAAGGCGGAAGACUGCGUAUGAGCAGACAGAAGCAGAGAUGCUACACCGAUACAGCCGCUAGCCAGCUAACUGUUUGUUACGAGAUGCGGCUAAACGGGAGCCAGCUGAACAGGGAUUAAAGAUAACAGAGGAAACAUUUCAGCUGACCACAUCCUACUUUAUGGAGCCACAACAGGAGGACUUGAACUGAGACAGCUUUAAUACACAGCUAGACUGAACCUGAACCUCAGGAUGGCGAGCAGGAGGAAAUCCACCACCCCCUGCAUGGUUCCUCCUCGAGAAGCCAUGGACUCAGAUCAGGAGAUGGAGGACAUCACUGAUGCUGCAGAGCAAGAGAACAGUAAUGGAGUCGCGGCCGCAUCCUCGGAGGUUCCUGGUGUGCUGGAGGAGCAAGGUGAGGAGGCUGACGUCAGGCCGGUGUCAGACCACUACCUGGACUUGAACAUGACAGAAGGAGGCUAUGAGUGCAAAUACUGUAGCUUCCAGACAUCCGAACUCAACCUGUUCACCAUGCAUGUGGACACCGAGCAUCCCGAUGUCGUCCUAAACACCACCUACGUCUGUAUGGAGUGUGACUACCACACCAAGAGUUACGACACACUGCUGGCCCACAACGCUCGUCUCCACCCAGGUGAGGACAACUUCACACGGACGAUGGUGAAGCGAAACAAUGAGACCAUCUUUCAGCAGACGGUCAACGACCUCACCUUCGACGGCAGCUUCGUUAAAGUGGAGGAUGACGAGGCGGAGGAGACGUCCCGCAGAGGCAUCGCCCUCAGCAAGACCCCCAUCAUGCGGAUCAAGAGCAGAACGGAACCCAAGAAGUUCAGCGCCGCACACAAAAUGGCCGUCAAUGACGUCAUAAAGGUGGAAAGUGAUGACGAGGACGAUGAGAACAAGGAACCGCCAACACUAUCUCCUGCCCCCAUGACCCCUGCUGCUGUCACGCCUCGCCUCGUCCCUGUCUCCACGCCGGUGCAGGUCCAGGCUGUCCCACAGAGCAUCGUGGUCAACAAUCCCAGUGUGCUGCAGCUCAAAGGCGGCUCCAGCGGGGGGGGCAUGCUGCCACCAGGGACACUGGCUCAGGUACUGUCAGCCCUGCAGAACCAGAACAGCACUCAGACCCAGACCCAGCUCCUCAUCCCCAUCAGCAGCAUCCCCACCUACAACACAGCCAUGGACAACAAUGUCCUGCUGGUCAGCGCCUACAACAGAUUUCCGUAUCCCUCGGUGUCGGAGAUCACGGGCUUGUCAUCACAGACCAAGUUCAGCGAGGAGCAGAUUAAGGUGUGGUUUUCUGCCCAGAGGCUGAAACACGGAGUCAGCUGGACACCGGAGGAGGUGGAGGAGGCAAGGAGGAAGAAGUUUAAUGGCACGGUGCAGACCGUCCCCCAGACCAUCACCGUCAUCCCUGCCAACAUCGCUGCAGCCACAAACGGCCUGCAGUCAAUCUUCCAGACAUGUCAGAUCGUCGGCCAGCCGGGCCUCGUCCUUACUCAGGUGGCUGGUAACAGCAGCACAGUGCCGGUCGCCUCUCCCAUCACUCUGACAUCUGCCGGCAUACCACUCAGUUUGGACGCAGCAGCAACCAAACCGAAGAAGUCAAAGGAGCAGCUGGCAGAGCUGAAGGCAAGCUAUAGCAGGAGGCAGUUUGCCACAGAGGCAGAGAUAUCACGACUCAUGCAGGUCACCAAACUCUCCAAACGAGCAAUAAAGAAGUGGUUCAGUGAUACACGCUACAACCAGAGGAAAUCUAACGACCACCACAGUGUCCUGCCGAAUGAAACUUCAUCCAGCAGCGCAGGAGGAAGCCGAGGAAGGAACAGCAGCGGCAACCUUAAUGAUGGCAACAACAGUGACAACACCACCACCAUCGUCAUCGACUCCAGUGACGACGCCAGCGACUCCUCCCCGACUUCUGCCAACGUCCCAGGAUCGGCGCGUUCCUCCAGUGACCCACGGGUCAAAUUCCGCCAUGCCUUCCCUGACUUUACGCCACAGAAGUUUAAGGAAAAAACACCGGAGCAGCUACUUGUCCUGGAGGCCAGCUUCCAGAAAUCAGACAUGCCAUCAGAUGAGGAGCUGAGCCGGCUGCGAGCGGAGACGAAGCUAACGAGGCGUGAGGUUGAUGCUUGGUUCACGGAGAGGCGAAAAAUGCCUUCAGCAGCACAGCCAAAGGACGAAGACGUUGAGGAGGACGACGAGAAGCUGAAACCAGCUGCUGCGCCUUCAUCCUCAGCUGAGGAGAGACAGACAACUCCACCAGGGGGGAGAAAGGCGGUGAAGAAAACGCCAGAGCAGCUCCACAUCCUGAAGAAGGCCUUCGUCCACACACAGUGGCCGACACCGGAGGAGUACGACCAGAUGGCAGAGGAGAGCGGUCUACCGAGGACGUACAUUGUCAACUGGUUUGGAGACACACGCUACGCCUGUAAGAACAGCAACCUGAAGUGGUACUACCUCUACCAGAGCGGAAAGGUGGACGAGGCACUGAACGGUGGAGCCAAGAGUCAGAAGAAAUCCAGGAAGCGUUUCCGGGGGUGGUCCAGGAGGACACGCCGGCCAUAUCCCUGCAAACGCUCACCACAGGGGGACGCCACCACAAUCAAGGUGAAGUCCGGUAAAGAGUUUUUGAAGGACUACUACCACAAACACCAAGCUCUGAGUGAGAAGGAUCUGGACGACCUGGUGACAAAGUCCAACAUGAGCUAUGAGCAGGUGAGGGACUGGUUCUCAGAGGCCGCCAGGAGGGUGGAGGAGGGCAAAGAGCCCUUCAGUGACGAGGAGGCAGAGGGAGAGGAGGACGAGGACGAUGAUGAGGCAGGAGCAGAGCAUGGAGACAGUGAAGGAGAGAUGGAGGUGAAAGAACAAGGAGAGGAAGCCUCAGACGGCGACUGUGAUGAGGAAGAGGACGAGGACGAGGAGACCCAGGAGGAAUCUGAAAGUGUCAGCCAAUCACACCCUGAGGCAGAAGAGCAGACAUGAGCAGACAGAACCAGCGUUGCUACCCCCACAGAGGAGACGACACAGAGGACGCUAUACAUCAUUGUUUCUUAGCUGGGGGGUCGGGACCCAAAGGUGGCCACAGGAAGUUUGGAUGGAGUCACAGCUCAGAUGGAUCGUGCGUUACUAAAACGCCAGGCUCAUGCCUUCGAUGCACUUUGGGUCCUGACGGAGCUGAGAAGCACUGAGACGACAGAGCGGAAAGAAAGGACAAAGUGUUGGGAUGUAGUUUGGUUUGGCUGAACUGUGGGGACCAAGCGAAUGCACAGGGCGACGCCUCCCAGCAAACGCCACCACUAGGACAUGAAGUUCCAGCUCUGCUCCUGUACCAACAACAAGGCUUUUAUUGUGGUGGAAAUGACAGGGCUUUUACUUUGGCCUUCUGUCAUUUUUCUUAAAAAAAAAAAAAAGAAGAAGAAAAUUCACAUUUUAAGAGAAACUUUGUAUAAAUCCAAAACAUUUCUAAGAGGUGAGAUGUUGCACGGUUUUCUCAUUAAUACUCAACUUUUUUUUUCAGAAUAUCAGGAAGCCCCAGGCCUUUUCUCAAGGACAUGUCCUCUGCCCAGACGUUGCACUGUUCUAUAAGAAAAGGUUUUUAAAACCAUCCUUUUAGUGAAUAGACAGCUCAAACCAGUGCCAUCCUGUUUAUAAGCAUUGGCUUUAAAUUAAGAACGAAAACAGUGGAAUCAAAACUUUUUAGUAUUUUUUCAGCAGAUUUAUUAAGGUCUGAAUGACAUAACCGAUUGGAAACUGAAUCUAUUCAUGUUGUUAUGAGUUCUUUUGUAAACAGUAACAACCUCCAUGUCUGCAGGAGAUAGAGAUUGUUACCGUUCACUUUCAGUCACAGCAGUUCAGUGAAGGAUGGACGUCAGCACAGACACGAGGGAGAAUCCACCAGGACAGACACUCAGCGAGGCUUGUUUGUGCAUCAACUUGCGGUUUUUACGGCCUACAUCAGACUUGCAUUAGGACAGGACGAUAAAGCAGCCAAACCGAAGAAUUAGCUGGCGUAAACAAAUGCAGUCACUCUCUCUCAACUGCCUGAACAUAUCGGCCGUCACACAGAUGUUAGUGCCUGGUGAGGAAAGAUCAGCACAGCGUUUGAUGUUGGCGUCAGAGCAGACAGUGUGCCAGUUUAUUAGGGACACUGAGCUCAACCUCAGUCAGUCCUGCAGUAAAUCCUCCAUCAUGAAGGUGAUGACUGUUUGAGAGACAUGCUGAUUCACCUGUGCAGGCGUCUCUAGUAUGUAGGCUAGAAACCAUGGUGACCGAGAUGAAGGCAGGAUUUAUUGCAGGGCUGCAUUAGGUUUAACUAGGGGUACC